UAACACAAAUUUAAAUAUAUAAAUAUUACAUAUUGCACCGUAGCAAAAGUGAAUUAAUAUCGAGGAGCUUUGCAAUAUAUUUGUAUAAACUAGCUGGUCGCAUUUAAUUUGAUAAAAAAACCUAAUUGAUUAGACAUGACAUAAUAGUGCAUCGUCCUUGACCAGAAAACCAAAUCGAAUCGAUCCGCGGACUGUCAAAACUUUUGUUUUCCAAAACAAUGGAUUCUAACCAAAAACCAAAAUAGAAACAACAAGCGACCAAAAUGCAACAAUCAUUGCUAUUGUUGCUGUUCGUGCAGGCCGCGAUCUGCGAUAUCCGAUUCCUGAACGGCACCAAAGACAGCGAGUUCCAGUGCCCCGAGUUUUACAACGUCGACUUCGGCAUCAUAGAGUACAAGUCCGAGGGGCCGACCCAAGUGGCGAUCGUCACCUGCGAGGAGGGCUACGAUCUCGACGGUAAGGCCCAAGUGGAGUGCAUCGACGGCAUGUGGGAGGACUCCAUCCGACCUAGCUGCGUGAAAAGAUGCAGCCCGCCACCCUAUCUGAAGAACGGGGCGCUGGAAAUCGAGGGCGAGAAGGACGACAACGGGUACUAUCACAAGAACGCGCUGGCCACGUACACCUGCGGCGAAGGCUACACUCUGGUACCAGAAGAGAGCAAGUAUAGGGUGUGCGAAAAGGGUAUUUGGACUGGGUCUGUGGCCAGGUGUUCGGCCAACAGUUGUCCCAGGCCCAAGGAUAUAAUGAAUGGGUAUUACAUAAUGGAAAACGACGAUCCCAACGAAAGAAACAAUUUUUAUAUUGGGCAGAGGAUCCACUACAAGUGCAACUCUGGGUAUUCGUUGGUUGGGUACAGUGUCCUGCAGUGUCUGGAGGGCGGCAUUUGGUCUCCCAAUGGUGCCCCCCAUUGCGAAAUUCGACUGAAAGAUCCUGCCAACAAACCACCCUGCAGGGAUCUGCCAGCCAUUGAUCACACGGAGGUGACUGUGGAAAAUGACCGUACUGCCCCGUGGCCACACGGUACCAUGAUCGAAGUGUCCUGCGUCGGCAGAUACAGGAACACCAUCCAACCCUGCCAACCCAGCAGGCUGCAGUGCAACGAAGGUCGAUGGGAGGGCAUACUACCCAAGUGUGAGUUUGCACGUGAGUGUUUUCCUCCUCCGAAAGUACCGUACGCCCAGAUUUUCGACAUAUUAACGGACAACCCGCAGGAGAAAUAUCCGAUUAAGUCCCAGGUCUCAUAUCAGUGCUUGGACAGCUACGACCUGCAAGGCACUGAGAUCUUAACGUGUUCCAUCGGUGGAUGCUGGGUACCACCCAAUGGACCUCCCGAAUAUUCACCAGAUUACAAAUGCUUUCCCAAAGGCGACAUACUGGGCAAAAUAAAAACUGUGAACGCAGUACUGUGGUCGGUCGUAACCGGAGCCGGCGUGGUUUCGGUACUGCUAAUUCUCUGCUGUGCCAUCCUGUCAAAACGGAAGAAACCCCUCGCCAGGACUGAGUCCACCUCCACCACCGUCCUGAGAACAGACAUCAGUGACCACGCCAUUCUCCUCAACAAUCCCGAUCGCCUGGCGUUGAUCGCUAACGAGGAUACUCUGCCGUCGUACGACGAAGCUGUGCGUAGAGCAUCUGCCACCACAUUACCAUCCGGUAUAUCUUCGGUGGGGUACCGAUUCGGUCGGCCCCAGUGGCCCAAUUUGGCCGGUCGCAGGACAAGGAACUCCCCCAACCCGGAUUUAGUCACGGUCACUCGCCAUGGAUCAUUUGCGUCUCAUUCUCCAAGCACCCGUUCGGGUGUUGAUUCCAUGGGUUCUACGGAUACGGUAGCGAUUUCCGAGGGUUCGACUAACAUAACCCUGGACACGGCUUCAUCGCACAGCGGCUCCCAGCCAGGUUCCUGCAGGGUGCACUGCGGUAGCCUCGCAUCCUUUGACACUUCCUCGGUGGUCAAUACUGAGGAUGCACCUUUGUUGGAGGAGAACGAAUUCGAGGAAGUACUCGUGCACGGCGUUCAAAUCGACAACAUCUCAGCCUCUGACAAUUCGUCGUUCAAAUCGGCCGAUGCCCCGUAAAUGUUUCUCGCUUAUAGGAGAGUAUAUUUUUAAUGUGUGCAAAGAAUUUUAACCCUUUAUAUGACCAAAGAUAUUUGUAGUGAUAUAUACCUAUUUAACGAUGUUAGCAUGAUAGUUAAGUAGAUGUUCCUGACGUUCGACAAGCAUAAUUAUUAAUGCUGAUCUAUGACAUGUUGAGACUCUCGAAAAAUCAUAUUUUCAAUUAAUUUUGAAUGUUUAAGUGAUAUUUAACCAAAUAAACAGUUUAUCGAAUAAUUAGGGACCUCUGGUUCCUUUUUACUUAUAGAUGGUUGUCCAACAAUACUUUUAGUAUUGAUUAUGUAACAAAAAUUUAAAUAUAUAUAUUUUGUGCAUAUUAAAAAUAUAUAUGUUUAAUAUUUGAUAAAUGUGUACAUUAUAGAGCUGUUUGAAGCCUUAUAUAUUCGGCAUCAAAUUGUGUAUAAAUGCUGAAACUGACCACAGUAUUGGUUCUUAAUUUCAGAAUGCCAUGCAUAAGAUUCGUAACAAGAACGUGCCGAAUAUAUAUGGAUAUAAUAAAUAUUGAUGUAACUUUACAGCUCUAACGUAUUAUAACAUCUGUAUUAGAUGUGUUUUUAUUGUUGACCUGAUUAUUUCUACCGUAGUACUUUGUAGUACUCGAUUAAUUAAAAAUGUUCAUAUUCGUUAUUAUAUUUUGUAUAUUAAGUCGAAGUUGACGAAGUAUCAAAUCGUCAAAGCAAUUUAAUUUGUGAUAAAAUUUUAGUUUAAUAAAUAUGACUGUUUCUAUGUCUUAAAAGUG